AUGUCCCCUGAAGCGAUGAAGAACUCCCGCACUCCCUCUGCCGCCUCGACCUCCAGCGCAAGCGUAUCUACAUCCUCCGACCCCCAUCAGCAACAGCAUGCACUUGGUUACGGCUUGCGCUCUCAGUUCGGCCAGCUCCUGCCCCGCCACGCCCUUUUCCAAGUCCACAUUAAUAUCGAUCAGCUUUCCAAUGUUCCUCUCAUGAGCGGUCAGUUUGCCGUCCGCUGGAAAUUUAAAAACGUCCAGUCGCGAUCAGGCCUGCUCUCCAAGAUGAAAGGCAGUCGCUCAUGGUCGUCCAAAAACAAGGGAAAAGGGCGUGCAGCGCAACUUGGUCUUGCCAUCGAAGUCACCCCCGCGGAGGGGGAGGGGGACGACGUCGACGAGGAGAGCAGCGCACAGGAAGAGGGUACAGAGGAUGAGGGCUAUUCCCCGCACUUGCAUGCGAAUGCGUCAUCGGGCGACCUCCUUGCCGACCAUGAUUUCUCGCCUGAGACCGCUGUGCCUCCCGUGACCCCUACUCCGGCUCCGGGUCAGAUCCAGAAGACUCCGUCCUCAACAUCCACUGAAACACGUUCCGUUGCACGCGGUAUCACCCCGUGGAAGCCGCUGCAGAGCUACAAUGUCAAGUGGGAGCACGAAUUCAAUGUGCUCGUGCAGAUGGAUGUUCAUCGAGAGACAGCCGACCUGCUUCAAAAUGAGCUUAAGUUAGUCGUCAUGCAGCGUGUCAUACCAGGUGAUCCCGACUCGCCACGACAGCCACGGAUAGGCGCAGUCUAUUUGAACCUCGCAGAAUACGCGGAUGCAGGGCCAGUCACUCGGAGAUAUCUUUUGCGUGAGAGCAAGACGAACGCCACACUUAAGAUGACAGUUGAAUUAGACUUCGUUGAUGGUGUCAAACACUAUCGACCUCCUCCUCUCCGUAAGGGAGAGAUUCUUGCCUCUAUCACGGGCCUACUCUCGAAUAACGACCUCCUCCGGACGAGUGUCGCCCGACAGCUUGAUCAAUACACUCACCCAGAAGAUGACGACGCAGAAGGUCAUCCCUUCUUGAAACUAGAUGGCAGCAUUGACACAGAUAAGCUCGCUUCCUCGGCUGGAUUGCGAUCCACCGAGGACCUCAUCGAAAAUCUGUUCAACCCCGUGCCUACAGCUAGCCUGUCCCCGUCGCCAUUCACAUACUAUGCCCCGCCCGCCAUUCGCCGCGCACCCUCACAAUCGACCGACGCAUCAAGUGACUCGCUGUCGCUCUCCCCCAGUGCAGGUGAGCACUCGAUGCGCAGCGCGAGCACCGACAGCGUGAGCGGCGCUCCCCGCGUGCAAGUGGAGAAAUUAUCAGUGGAAAGCUCGCCGGAUAUGUCAACGCUCGAGUCCGCCCAGACGAACGGACAGCGUACCUGGUGGAAAAAGAUACGACCAGUGACCCCUGUUGGCCGUCAUUUCAAGCUUCCCUCGCCCCUCCCGCCACGCCAACAUGCGGAGGUAUCGCCCGCAUAA